GCCUCAAAUCGUGAGGGGGAAAAGUAAUAGUAUAGAUAUUGAAUAAAUUAACCUCAAGCUCUGUUCCUCGGUGCCUCCUUGCCCCCACUGACCGGAUCACGGCAAAACGCAAAUACAGCGAAACAGUCCGACAGACUACAAAUUGUAAAUGGAAGCUGUUAAUAGGCCCCACAAUGCUUUGUGAACUGGGACUGGACAACGUUUUGGCGCCUUGCAGGUGCUCCUGGGCAGUAAGUUUUCAUCCUAUCGCUAAUGCACUCCGGCCCGCUGGUUUGAAGCUGGAUGAUUAGAAAGUUAAUGUGUGAUGCCGCAAAAGUCAUGUCCACAAUUGCUUGCUCCUGUUUUGAUUGGGUUCUCACCGGUACCGACUCCUGAGAACGGCGGAAUUGGUGACGGGACUAUGCACGAAGCCGUCAGCGCAGUCGCUAGCUGCGGUAUUAGUCCAAUUGUUCAUACUUCGGCCCGUGAGGCCCGGAUGUUCAAACGUAUUUCCGCACCAUUGUUCUCCGUUUCUGUCCAUCCUCGGUGGAUUAAACAUCGGUGCCCACGGGAUUCUGGUGCCAUUGGUUUCGGCAGAAGAGUAGGCGCGGUGGGUUACGCCAAAUUCCCUCCAAUAGGAGUGAGAGAGGAUGGGGUUCCAUUGUGAGUUCUCCCCCCCUACCUCGCAGCUCACAUGUGUGCAAAAUUGCUAAGCCCUCUGGCCCGAUGGGAGCUCUUAAUGUCGGUCCUCAAUCGAAUACCCCUAGUCCUCGGGGCGACUGCAUUCUUACAAUUGUUCAGAUUGAGACCAGUCAUGCUCUGGAUAAAUGUGCGUGGGGCAUAAGGCAUCACGUGGUACAUCAUGACGGUUUUAUUUACUUGUUUCUUAGGCUGAUAUGGUUGUGGUUAUGGAGGAGGUGUGCGCUUUCCUGGGCCUUGGGGAACCGCUCGGGUGUCCGGCCAUCGGUCAUCUCUGAUGAACUCCAUUCAACCCUGGUCUCCUCCAUCGCGAAGAUUAGGGAAGCCGUGGUAAAGACUGGUGAGAGCAGGCAUUUUCUCUACCGGUAGCGAUCAAGGUAUUCCCAGACCCUUGAAGCAGGGAAAUCACCCGCUAAUAAUGGUGCAGCUCAUGUGUUCACUGGGCAGAGUUUUAGUGUAGUUUCUGUGGUAGCCAACUUGAUUACCACAGGAGGCUUUCUUUCUGCUGUGUUAGACAACGCUCGUGGUGGACAGGGAGGGCUGGAAAUGUCUGUUCUAUGGGCCCUAAGUGGAGUAUUUAGAAUUGGAAGUGUUAAACCGUACCAGGGCGGCUGGAUUCCGUCCGUGGCUUACAUGCUUGUCCCCGGAAACAAAAUAUGGUUCUUAAACUAUUCGUGA